CCGCGCCGCUGCGAGCCGCCCAUGGUGCAGCGCAUGUGGGCCGAGGCGGCCGGGCCUGCGGGCGGCGCCGAGCCGCUGUUUCCGGGCUCCCGGCGGAGCCGCAGCGUGUGGGACGCCGUGCGCCUGGAGGUGGGCGGCCCCGACAGCUGCCCGGUGGUGCUGCACAGUUUCACACAGCUCGACCCCGACCUGCCGCGCCUGGAGAGCUCCACGCAGGAGAUUGGCGAGGAGCUGGUCAACGGCGUCAUCUACUCCAUCUCCCUGCGCAAGGUUCAGGUGCACCACGGCGCCAACAAGGGCCAGCGCUGGCUCGGGUAUGAAAAUGACUCGGCCCUGAACCUGUAUGAGACCUGCAAGGUGCGGACCGUGAAGGCAGGCACGCUGGAGAAGCUGGUGGAGCACCUGGUGCCCGCCUUCCAGGGCAGCGACCUCUCCUAUGUCACCAUCUUCCUGUGUACCUACCGAGCCUUCACCACCACCCAGCGGGUCCUGGACCUGCUGUUCCAAAGGCACUUUUCUAGGCACUUGGCUUUAUUCAGUGAACGGUGCAGACAAAAAUCCCCGCCCUCCCGGGCUUCCAUCCUAGCCGGAGGGUCAGCCAGUAACACUAGACGUCAUAGCAGGUACGGUAGAUGUGACGCCCUCACGGCCUCCUCUAGAUACGGGUGCAUCCUCCCUUAUUCCAGCGAGGACGGCGGACCUCAGGACCAACUGAAAAAUGCCGUCUCCUCCAUCCUGGGCACCUGGCUGGACCAGUACUCCGAGGACUUCUGUCAGCCCCCGGACUUCCCGUGCCUCAAGCAGCUGGUGGCCUACGUGCAGCUCAACAUGCCCGGCUCCGACCUGGAGCGCCGCGCCCACCUUCUCCUGGCCCAGCUGGAGCGCACAGAGCUCACCAAGGCAGAGCCGGAGGCUCUGGCUCCAGCUCUGAAGCCGACUGCAGCCCUCGAGCCAGUGCCGGCUCCAGCUCUAGCGCCCAGGCCGGUGCCAGGUCCAGACCUCGAGCCAGCUCUGGCACCAGCACCAGCUCCAGCCCCAGAGCCUUCCUGGCCUUCACCCGCGGCUGCAGAGAACGGGCUGGGUGAGGAGAAGCCUCACCUCCUGGCGUUCCCGCCCGACCUGGUGGCAGAGCAGUUCACGCUGAUGGACGCGGAGCUGUUCAAGAAGGUGGUGCCCUACCACUGCCUGGGCUCCAUCUGGUCCCAGCGGGACAAGAGGGGCAAGGAACACCUGGCUCCCACCGUCCGUGCCACCGUCGCCCAGUUCAACAGUGUGGCCAACUGCGUCAUCACCACCUGCCUCGGGGACCGAAGCGUGACGGCCCGCGCCAGGGCCCGGGUGUUGGAGCACUGGAUCGAGGUGGCCCGGGAGUGCCGGGUCCUCAAGAACUUUUCGUCCCUCUACGCCAUCCUCUCUGCUCUGCAGAGCAACUCCAUCCACCGGCUGAAGAAGACGUGGGAAGAAGUUUCCAGGGACAGCCUCCGCAUCUUUCAGAAGCUGUCAGAGAUUUUCUCAGAUGAGAACAACUACUCCCUAAGCAGAGAGCUGCUCAUCAAGGAGGGGACCUCCAAGUUUGCCACCCUGGAGAUGAACCCCAAGAGAGCCCAGAGGCGGCCGAAGGAGGUGUUGUCACAGGGUGUCAUCCAGGGCACCGUCCCCUACCUGGGCACGUUCCUCACAGACCUGGUGAUGCUGGACACUGCAAUGAAGGACUAUCUGUAUGGGAGACUGAUCAACUUCGAGAAGAGGAGGAAGGAGUUCGAAGUGAUCGCCCAGAUCAAGCUGCUCCAGUCGGCCUGCAACAAUUACAGCAUCGCAGCCGAAGAGCACUUCGGGGCCUGGUUCCGGGCGAUGGAGCGGCUCAGCGAGGCUGACAGCUACUCCUUGUCGUGUGAGCUGGAGCCCCCUUCCGAGUCGGCCAGCAACACCCUCAAGGUCAAGAAGAACACGGCCAUCGUCAAGCGCUGGAGCGACCGCCAGGCCCCCAGCACGGAGCUCAGUACCGGCAGCAGCUGCCACUCCAAGUCCUGUGACCAGCUCAGGUGCGGCCCCUACCUCAGCAGCGGGGACAUUGCCGACGCACUGAGUGUCCACUCGGCCGGCUCCUCCAGCUCCGAUGUGGAGGAGAUCACCAUGAGCUUUGUCCCAGAGUCCCCUGACGGCCAGGAGAAGAAGUUCUGGGAGUGCACCUCCCAGUCGUCCCCGGAGACCUCCGGCAUCAGCUCGGCCUCCAGCAGCACCUCGUCCUCCUCAGCCUCCACCACGCCCGUGGCCACCACGCGCACCCACAAGCGCUCCGUGUCAGGGGUCUGCAGCUACAGCUCCUCCCUGCCCCUCUACAACCAGCAGGUGGGCGACUGCUGCAUCAUCCGGGUGAGCCUGGACGUGGACAACGGCAACAUGUACAAGAGCAUCCUGGUGACCAGCCAGGACAAGGCCCCAGCUGUCAUCCGCAAAGCCAUGGACAAACACAACCUGGAUGAGGAUGAGCCAGAAGACUACGAGCUGGUGCAGGUUAUUUCGGACGAUCGAAAUCUCCCAAGAGCCCUGGGACUCUAACCUGGAAGAGGGGCUGGCCUGCGUGCCUGGGCCACCUCGGUCCCCCUGCUGUGGAUUGUGUGGGAUUUGCUGUGCAUGGCCUCGGCUGUAGCUCUUUCCUCUCUCAGGCAAUCUUCUGACUCCUUGGUUCUCACAAAAGAAAACUGGGAAAAUCAGACAAAACUUGGAGCAGUGUGGUUGUUACCUUAUGGUAAUUUGGUGGAGAAAACUUAAUCCAAAUGUCUGAACUGGGAGUUUUGAAUCCUGGUCCAUGGACCUGUUAGGAAGUUUAAGGACAGGCCAUGGGAGCCUGGAUGGCCCUGAAACUUGAUGCACAUAUUUGUGAGGAAGUAUAUUUUCCUUCAGAAAGACUCCAUGGUUAUCACUGUAUGCUCGGAGCAUCUGUGACCUUCCAAAGAGUCUAGGUUGGAAGUAUCAAAAGUUCUGAAUUGGUAUAACUGACAAAGUAGAAAACUGACGAAAUUGAUUUAAUGGCACAAAUACUUUUUAAAAAUGUUUUUCUGGGCUGGAGCACAUUCUGUAAGGGCAAAUGCACCUGUGUUAACAUUUGCAGACGUUGUAAAUCAGACAGACACAGGUCCAACCCUGACACUGCCACUCGAUAGCUGUGGGAUCUGGACACGUGUCUUUACCUCUCUUAACUUCCCCACUGAUACCUUUGCUCAGGGAACGAUGUCUGAGAGGUUCAUAGCACAAUAAUUAUCAGGGUCUACUGUUUACAAGGUGCUCAAAAUGAACAUUUAAAAUUUGUUUUCAGGCAGAGAAAUGUCCAUUUUAAGUUGUAGGGAACCUAACUAUAUCAGUAGAUGUUGUAGCCACAGAGAAAACAGUUACUUCAAGUGACUUGGAGGCGUGACUGUGUUCAUAGCAGCAUUUAUCCUAAGGAGAAAGCAAGUGCAACACAAUCUUAAAUGAUCUUUGCUGGUCAUAUUAUUUUAUCAAAGAUUACUUUAUAUAAUUUAUCACUUGUUAUUUAAAUUUGUAUAUUUGAUAAUUUAUAUGAUCUAUUAUAAUAUUUUCUAUUUUGAAAAUAUAUGUAUGUUAUAGGAGAAAAAGUAAUUAUGCUAGUGGUGGAAGAUUUUCAGCAUAGGUGGAAAAAGAAAUGAGUAAGAUCAGAGAGGGACUUUCCUGGCGGUCCAGUGGUUAAGACGCUGCACUUCCAAUGCAAGGGGUGUGGGUUCAAUCCCUGGUCGGGGUACUAAGAUCCCACAUGCUGCGCAGAGAAGUAAAACCUUAUAAUCUUACAUUUUCAUUGGGAGAUAUCUAUAUGAACUCGUAACUUAUUAUUAUUAUUUUUGGGGGGGUAAAAAAGUGUCCAUUUCCUAGCUCUGUGUAAUUCAAAGCCCUAGAGGUAAAGAAAACCCAGGAGCAACAAGCACCCCCUGGUGCCCAGAUUGGGGUGUCUAAACACCAUUUCCACACCAAGGAAGGUGGCACCCUGGAGCAACGGCUAGGCUGGAUCUAAGACAGGAAAUGCAGUGGAGGAGCCUGGGCCAUCGCGGUGGCUGGAAGCAAGAAGGCGCGGACCAGAGGGUGCGUCAAACGACACAGGACCCAACCCGGGGCUGCUCUCAGGCCAGACAUGAGACAAGUAGGGCACCAAAAAGCAGGACUGCAACUGAUCGAAGCAGAUCAUCACAGAGCUAAAAGCAUCCCCCGGUCAUCACUGGUCAUUGCUGUGGAGCCAUAAACGAGGCCAGCGGAGGAGGGCGACAGCACCCGAAUCUGCUGCUCAGUCAAUGCUCAUGUCACUAAAGGGACCCAGCAGGCAUCGGUGCCUCCCAACUGGAUGGGCGCAUUCGAAGCUGAAUUGCUGUUGAUUUGUUAAGUGUGAUGACAGCGUCACUGUGUUUUGAAAACAAAAAGUCCUGAUGUGUUAGACACACACUGAAGUAUGGGAUGGUAACUGGUAAAGCCAUAUGAUGGAUAAAUAGGGGCUUAUUAUACAAUACUCAGAACUUCUGUGUAUAUUUGCUAUUUUCCGUAAUAAAAUGCUUUUUAAAAGG